AUGUGUGAUAUCAACAAUGAACGUGAGAAUGAAGAUAGACAUACUGCUGUACUUGUAUCAUCGGCAUAUGAAGCUUACAGCUUCUCUUUUUGUUGCGAGAAAGGUGUGAAACUAAAAAAGCAUUACUUACUAAUCGAGGAACGUGCAUCAACAGCAUCCGAGCACUUUAUGGAAGUAGCAGCUUCAUCUAUUAUUAUGGGGUAG